AAAACUCGAAUUCUGUUAUGUCGAAGGAAGAUAUUGUUUUGGACAGCCUUUGGGACAAGAAAAUGAAUAUUACGAUCUGACCAAAUAUCCGUAUCAAGAAACUAUCAAUCCUUGUGAUAGUUUUAAUUCACCUUUCACUAAUCGUGUAAACAAUAAAAAAUUCAAGAUGAAGUUUCCUGAUCAUGAACAUAUGUUAAAAUUCUUUAACCUUUACAAAAUCA